GGACGAAAACGUUUUUCCCCUAACUUCGUGAUUUUCCCGCAAAUGCGUGAUUGGUAUCUGUUCCUCCUGUUGAAAAGUAUGAACUGACAAUGGAUAAGGACAUGGGGGAGUCGAGUUGUGGAAUGACAAGGGUGAAGCGAUUUACAGUUGCUAUCCACCCAGAAAGAAGGACGGACAGCGAAGGAGAUGGCCAUGUUCUCGGAUCUGAUAUUUUAUUUGCAAAUAGAUUAGCCCCUCCGUUAAGAGAUAGCAAACAUAUUCAAGAAACGAUACAACUUAGUGCUGCCGAUGAUAGUCUGAAGGAAUUGGGGAAAAUAGAAGAAGAUUCUCAAGAAACAAAAAGCGUUCGCUAUUGGGCUCAAAGAAUUACAUACGCCUUCAGAAGUUUAACUGUUUCAACAAAGCCACGAAAAAACAGUUUUGGUUCUCUUUUCUCAUCUUUAGACAGCGAAUUCGAUGACAUGGAUGGUCCUCAAGCUCGAUUCAAACCUGAAGCCAUCGAUACACUGUGCCAGUUGACCAAAUUCACCAAACGAGAAUUACAGCUGAUGUAUCGAGGAUUUAAACAAGAAUGUCCUUCGGGAAUGGUACGUGAGGAGACGUUCAAAGGAAUCUACGCCCAGUAUUUCCCAAAGGGUGCUGAUACCAGCCAGUAUGCUCAUUACGUAUUCAAUACAUUCGAUCAAGAUCACACGGGUGCCAUCACAUUCACCGACUUUGUGAUCGGAUUAUCGGUAUUAGCUCGGGGAUCGUUGCAAGAAAAACUCCGAUGGGUUUUCAGUUUAUAUGAUAUCAAUGGAGACGGAUACAUCACAAAAGACGAGAUGAGUAGAAUCGUCACGUCGAUUUACGAUAUGAUGGGGAAAAGCAUGGAUCCUCCCUUAGAAGAAUCAACAACCAGGGACCAUGUUGAAAGAGUGUUUCAGAAACUGGAUGUGAACAGAGAUGGAGUAGUGACAAUGGAAGAAUUCAUGGAUUCUUGCACCAAAGAUGAAUACAUCAAGAAAUCCAUGACAGUUUUCAAUACAGUAUUGUGACAAAGUGCCGAGGGCGACAGGCCUGAAGAACAAGAACAAGAACAAGAACUAGAACAAGAACAAGAAGAGGAAGAAGAAGAAGAAGGCGCAGUAGGAGAAGACUUGUUCUGGUGAAAAAAAAUGGCUCCAUCUGGCAUUUGACAUCUUUGCGAUGAUCUUCAUCCAAAACUUGCUAUUCUAGAGAUUCUGAAGCGUGCCUUACAUUUGCUAAAAAUUAUUAUUCCUCGCUUAACUUUCUUCAUGAAAAGAUUCAAAAAUAGUGGUGGCGGUGCUCUUAUUCUUUAGGAAAAAGAGAAUCUCCUGCGCACCCUUCGAAUUUUUAUUAUGUAGAAUUAAGUAUUUCAGAUAUCAGCUCUUAUAAAUUAUAUUACGCUUCAUACAGAAUCAAUUUGUAAGCAGUGAAAAUACUUUUGGAACGCAAUUUAAUAUUUUGUUCUCAUGCUAGAUGGAAAGUCAGUUGAAUUAUUUGUAUUACAAAAAGGUCAGUACUUCGAUAUUUUAUAAGAAAUUCCUUACAUGACGUAUGUCUGUAGAACUGGUAACCUACAUGAUAUAGAAGAUCGUUUUAAAGGUUGAAGCUUGUUCGAAUUUAAAUGUACGAUACACUAUAAUAAUCAUUUGAUUGUUUAUUGUAAGAAAUAUUACAUUGUAUUCUUCAGCGAAGUGUUUAAAUUAUAGUCACUAAUCAAUCAUCGGGGUUAAGUGAUAAGGAUAUAAUAUAAUUUUGAACUUUAAAUUUUUGUAAACCAGUACAAGCUCUUUUAAAAAGAUCAUCGAAUACUGAUAAGAAUGAUUGUUCACUGAAAAUUCAGUGAUGCCUGUCGCCCAUUCGAGACGAUUUAUCGUCUUCUUUAUAAAGUAUUUGUUGACAAUUAUACAGUUUAAUAUCUUCACUUCCGUAACGUACACUGACUUCAUCAUUGUUGCUGUACAAACGACCACUUGUACCUGACUUAUUGUGAGUCUGUUGAAUGUUUUUCUUUCUUUAAUAUCUUUGAAAGAAAAGGGAAUAGCAACGGAAUGAAAAAAAAUAGAUGUUUUAAACACGAGGCAAAGCUGCUGACUUUUACAGUUGAGUAAAAGUAAUCGAUUUAAUGUUGUCUUGUCAACAUUUUACUGAGAUCUACAUAUUUAAUAUUAUAAUGAACUUCAAGACUUGUUCAAAGUUGAGGGAUAAUCAUAUUUGGAAGUGAAGAGGUUAUUCUGAGCCUGUUGAUAGCCUCAAGUAACUUUCUUAAGGUUAAGGAGCAAAUCCGUAUGAACAUGUCUUUCACGAAAGCAAAGUAGUACUUAACAGGAAUAUCUCACUAAAGUAAAUUCCUUGUGAAAGACCAUAUAUAAAUGGUGAUGAGAAUAAUGCAUAUUGUUUCUUGUGAGCUAAAUAGCUUUACAUACUUAACAUAACAGUGCUUUUUUUUAAUUAAUUUUUUUCUCCAAAAUGCAUGUUUUAUAUACCUUAUUAUUGUGUACUUCAUUGUAAGAUAUCUUCUUAAUUUGUUUCAAUUUAAUUUGUAUCUUGGUGAAUUCUUAUGCACUCGUAUGAGGACUUUGUGACAAUCGAUCUAAACCGCCUAGUUACUUCCACCAGUAUAACAAUCGUACACUGCACAACAAAUUUUAGUUUAACCCUUCUGACGUCAUCACAAACAGUAACCAGAACAUUUGUCUGACCAUUACGCAUAUACGUUUCUUAUAAAUGUUAGUUUACUUUUAAGCACAGAAUGUUAAGUAUUGUUUCAUUUAACGAGGAAAAUUCAACCUUUGAAUCAAGGAAUGACAAACUAGAUACUUUGUUUUAAAUGAAUAAUUAUUAACUGACUGUCGAUGAAAUCUCGUGAUUUUUACACCCGAAUUUGAAAGUAUUAUAUCGCAUGUGUUGUCUAAUGUUGUAAAGAAUGUUAUAUAGAAAGUAUGUUGUAUCUUUGUAUAAAAUAUAUCGACAAGAAAAACUCAGCGACACAAUUUUUCUUAACACCCUAUCUUUCAUCCAUCAUAUCAAAUAAGUUGACACUUUGAUAAAUAGAUUAUUUCAUUUAUUUAAACUUGCUAGAAUAAUAACCCAUUUUGAUGAUAUGUGUAAUAAAUGAACUAAUUACAUAAAAUAUUAACAAUUUUGCUACCACUUCAUUAUUUUAAUUUCGGAAAAAAUUUCUUCAGGUAAGCGCUUCUGGCACAUCAUGAGGUAGGUACAUUUUUUUAGAUUCUGUUAAAAUAAUUUUGGUUUUAAAACAUAAAAUUUAAUUUUUUUUUCUCUGAGAUUUUAAGGAGUAAUUUAAAUUAACUCUGCCGUUUAUGGUCGAAUAUUUUUGUUGGUAAUUUCGGUAGAUCUUAUAAUAAAUAAACUGUGUAUUUUCUGGUAUUUAAAUAUAAUGCUCAUGAUAUUAAUGUUUUUAUUUAAAUAGCAUUAAGUUCAUAAGGAUUCCUACUAACAGAUAUACGCAAAACGGUGUUUAAGAGAAUAUUGACUUUCACAGUUGCUCGUACAUAUUGACGAGAAAUGCGAUAAAAAGUAUUGAAUUCAGUCUUAUUUCAAUACAACGCUACUCAGAAGAGAAAACGGAGUUUAUCUCCCAGAAUACGAAUUUUAAAUUAUUUGUUAAAUGUUUGAUGUUUUUGUCAUUGCUGAGAUUUGAAGAAUAAAAUAAAUUUCUUGUCAUGGCUGUUCUACCGUUCAGAAUCGCCAAAUUUUCUGUUUAACAGUAGUAGUAGUUAAUCGUCACUUUUAUGGUGCUAUUGCUUUUCAUGAGUUCUUGAUAUUAACGACGAGUCUCCAUCAAUAAAGGGACUGGUCUUGUGUCGAAACGAAUUUUCUGGUAAAGGAAAUUCCGAAUUCUUGGAAAUAGUGCAGUUUUUGAAACUGCUGCAUUCUGGAAUUUUCUGGUAAAAGAAAUUCCGAAUUCUUGGAAACAGUGCAGUUUUUGAAACUGCUGCGUUCUGGAAUUUUCUGGUAAAAGAAAUUCCGAAUUCUUGGAAACAGUGCAGUUUUUGAAACUGCUGCGUUCUGGAAUUUUCUGACACAGAUAAACAACCAGAAAAGUUUUUUCUAUUUUAUCAUACGUCACAAAUGAUGCAGUGCACAUAAUUCUUCAGUUUAAAGUUUUAUUUGCAUUCUAAUUGUUUUGAAAAUUAUUUUUUAAAUAAUAUAUUAACUUCUUUAAGAAACGAUAACAUGAAAAGUGAGCUUUUUCUAUUCUCUCCCUAUUUUAGACAAAUAAAAUUUCACGCAAUUACAGAAUACACAAUGGUAAACAAGUACGCGGAAUUCUGAAAUAUAUUAAUUGGUUAAAUUAAUGCAAUUUGAUAUUAAUCGCUUGGCACGUCAUCAUUUACUAUUAAUAAAACUGUGUUACAUGAAAAUUUUUGAAUAAAUAUUGAAAUUUUGGCUCUUAAUAUUUGAUGUCAUGAUGGAUAUCUUAGUUAAAUGGCUUAAUUUUCCAAAAUAAAAUCAUAUUUUUCGACUUUAUUCAAAAGAAAAGGCUGUAUCGCCAAUAAUUGAAAAUAUAAUGAGCUACAUUAAUCAGGAAGAAUGUAUAACAAGCUACAUUUUCAAUUGCUUACCUUAUCCAAACUAAACAUUUUGAUAUAACUACUUUUAAAUCAGUUUUUGUGAUCGUUUUAACUAAUUAGGAUUAUAAAAAGAAUUAACUCGACAAAUAUCACAAUUUUCCAAAUUUAUAAAUAAGUUACUUGAUCCACACGAAAAAUUUUGCGACGAAUCACAUUGUUUGAAGCCAUCAGCAAAUCAAAUACUCGCUCUUUAGGCGUGCCCAAAAAAUAAUAAUAAUAAUAAGUGGAACUGUCCGUAUACUCCCCUGCUCUCAACAGAAAGCUGUAGGGUUGGGUGGUAUUAUAUCAGCUUCAUGUUUUGUAUUAAACACACAAAAGUAUCAGGUAUACAAAAUUGAUAGACAUAAAAAUAUCAGGUACUUGGUAUCAGUUUUUGAACUCGAUUGAUAUUGAUCGGUCCUGCUUCGGCGAUGCUUUUAAUUCUAUGCAUUUCAUCCUCAACCAUUACUGCCCUUUUCCUUAUGUAACAGUACAUAUACAAUCAAGAAUUCCCGCCUUCUCCUACAAUAACUAUAUCAGCAAUGCCUUUCUUUAUCUCUUCUCACCCAAUAACGGUUAAAAACAAGACAACCGGGCAUACUGUUUUAGUAUACUGAGACCACCACUUUUCGAAGAUUCUAUCUCACUAAGGGGUGAGACUCGGAAGGAUGAGCGCAUUUCCAGAAUUCUUCGUCAAUCUUUGACCUUGAUUCUCAUACUAUUAGAUACUUUAUCAUUCUUUUUUUUUUCAUGCGUGUAUGUGAAUAUAUGUCGCGUAUCUUAUUAUUUUAUUUUAAUUUAGUUUGCGAGUAAUCCGAGUUUACUUUAUUGUUAAAUAUAAACAUCUCCUUUUUUCCUUCCCCUCACUCCUGUUCUGACGAAUUCAACCCAUCGUAACGCAUGCGCAAAAGCGCGGAGGUUUUUAGAAUCCGUUGACAAACAAUAGCCAUAAAUACCUCUUUUGAAAAAGCAAAAUCCUGAUCGUAUCAGUAUCAAUUAUCUGUCUUGGAGCAAGUGCAAGAACCGAUACCUACAGAGUAUCCGGUUUCCGAUGGGAAAAGAACAAAUUACCGGCUGCAUCAGUUGUGUAUUAGUAUCAAUCUGUACUUGAAACAGCAAAAUCGGGUAUCAACCCACGCUAGAAUGCAGCUGAAAACAUAAGAUAACAGAAGAGUUCUAUUUCAGUAAGUUAUAUGUCGACAUAAUCGUAUUAAUGAUAACUUUUUUUAUUUCUCUGUGAAUAUCUAAGAUCAACCGCCUUCUUUUGAGAGCCGGGAACGUUAAGAAAGUAUUGUAAAAGCAGCCUGUUCAAGAUCAUUCUCGGACUACACAAUUUUUUUAAGUAUAUACAGAGUUGAGCUAAGAACAAACCAGUUUUUUUCCUGCUUCAGUUUGACAGGAUGAAUAAAAAAAAUUUCUGCGUUUUGUCUUCAUUAUUAAAGGACAAAAAAAAAAUCCCUUUACUUUUAGUAAAAUGGAUUUUAAAAUAGAAUUAGGGAUUUAUCCAUGUAGAACAGAUGAAGCUCAAUAAAUACUAUUUCAAUAAAUAUAGGAUCACAUGAUAAAACUAAUUUCUUGCUUAUAUAAAUACUAAGACUAUACAGUGAAAUCGAAUAGGUCACAAUUUACAUAGAAAUCAGAGCUCUUUAAAUGAUACUAAGAAAAGGUAGUUAAAGUUAAAAUGUAGUUCUUACAGUAUUUUGUAAGACUAAAAAUGUAUUUUUUAUAGAAAAUUAUCUCUGAAUUUGAAAAUAAAUAUAUAUAUUACUAAGUAUUUUCUAGUUGCAAACAAUAAAUUAAAUACUAAAGUUAAAACUCGUGGGGAAAAUGGACCGAAAAUUAGCUCAGAAACAGAUUUUGAAGCAACACCUUUUUCGAGAAAAACAACUAUCAUUUACUUAUAUCUCAGUUGAAAUAUUCUUCAAUGUUUUUAUGUUGACUUAAACUUCAUAUAUUUAUACAUGUACAAUUUUGAAUUGUGCACAAAAUACAAAUGAAAUCUGUGUCCUUCUCAAUUCUAUAAUUUGAUUUUAUUCGAUAUAUAUAUAUAUAUAUGGAUGUUGCGUGUUAUAUGAUGUUAUAUGUAUCUAGAUGUAUUUGGUGUAUACAAAGAAUUAGUUAUCAUUUCAAUCAAUGAUACUAAAACAUAACAUUUCUCAAAAUGCUAAUACAAAUUCACUGAUAUCGGUAAAGCAUAUGAGGAGUAUGUUCUUAAACCAUUGUUCGUUUGAAAAGUUUCUCUAACUCAUAAACAUGUUUAGAAAUUGGUAUCUUUCGUGUAAAGCAUUGUAUAUACUUAUAUUUCGUUAUUUAUGUGAUUCAAAGUG